CUCACUCACUCUCCCACUCACUUUCCAUAUUAGAUUAUCGAUAGUUUUAGUAGGUGAUCCAAAUCCUUGUUAGAAACUAGUUAGACAUGUUAACGGCUGGAGUGAUUAAAAGCUGUUUUGAAACGUUUAAUUUAGAAGAAUUGAAAACACAGAAGGAGAUUCAGUUCGUCAUGGCUCUUCGUGGAUGAGAUUUGAGAGCCAAGUGGAUCGUUCUUGAGUUCAGUUUCUCUCCAUCCAAAGAAGAAGAGGAAGAAGAAAAAGGCCAACUUGUUAUUGGGUUGUUUUUGCAUCUCUGCUGAAUUGAAAUUUCAUUUCAAUGAAGAAGGGGUUCUUUGCAAUUAGCUUGCUUUUGCUGACAUGUGCUCAGAGUAUCUAUUCAGAGGAGCAGCUUAGAGUAAAAAUGACCCUGGUUCAAAAUGCUGCAGCUCAAGGGGCAGUCUGCUUGGACGGAAGCUUGCCUGCCUAUCAUCUUCACCCAGGGUUUGGAUCUGGAGCAAAUAACUGGCUUUUACAGUUUGAGGGAGGUGGGUGGUGUAAUGAUGUAGCAUCAUGCCUCGAGAGAGCGAAAACUCGACGAGGAUCUACAAGAUACAUGAAUAAGUGGGAGGUAUUCUCUGGAAUCCUGAGCAACAAUGUGUCACUUAAUCCUGAUUUCUACAAUUGGAAUCGGGUGAAGCUUCGGUACUGUGAUGGAGCAUCCUUUGCUGGUGAUGAGAAGUUUGACAAUGGAACAGAAUUGCUUUACUUUAGAGGACAAAGGAUUUGGAAGGCCAUCAUUCUUGAUCUUCUCUCUCAAGGCUUGAACCAAGCAGAUAAGGCUUUGCUAUCAGGUUGCUCCGCAGGGGGUCUAGCAACCUUUCUGCACUGUGACAACUUCACCCAGUUCCUACCUACGACUGCCAGGGUUAAAUGCUUAAGUGACGGUGGAUUUUUCCUUGAUGCAAAAGAUAUAAGUUUGAACCAAAUGAUAAGGUCCUUCUUCGAAAACAUUGUUGUACUUCAGGGUGUAGAAAAGAAUCUGGACAGAAACUGCACUAGUUCUCUCUAUUAUCCAAAUCUAUGUUUCUUCCCUCAAUACUCAUUGACAUACAUAACAACACCAUUCUUUAUCUUAAAUUCCGCAUAUGAUGUAUAUCAAUUUCAUCACAUACUGGUGCCACCUUCUGCUGAUUUACGGGGACACUGGAAUCGAUGCAAGCUAAAUCCAACUGCAUGUACUUCAAGUCAGAUAACCAUCUUGCAAGGUUUCAGAUAUGAAAUGCUUGCAGCUUUGAGAUUCUUCUUUGAAUAUUCAAGUGAUGGUGGAUUAUUCAUAAACUCAUGUUUUGCUCAUUGCCAGACUGAAUCACAAGAUACAUGGCUUGCAGACAACUCUCCUAGAUUGCACAAUAAGACAAUUGCGGAGGCAGUUGGGGACUGGUAUUUUGAGAGGAGUGUCAUAAAAGAGAUUGACUGCCCCUACCCUUGUGAUACUACUUGCCACAACAUUAUACCACAGGUUUCAGCACCAAUGCAACUUGGAAUCUCGAAUACAAACACUGUACUUGAACAUGGAAGAACUGAUGGAUAACUCCUCUGAUGAAACAUCCAAGCAACACGAGCUGCAACCCUUCAUCUUUCAACAUAGCCUGGUUUCUUCAGCAAAGCUUGGCUAGUAUAGUUGGCCAUGCCCUGAUUGAAUCUACACUCAGUUCCAUUGGAGAGAAGUGCAGUGAUUUCUUCUGUUCACUUUGUCACUUUUUCUCUUUUUACACAGCAGCUUCAAUAUAGAAUAUCACCUUACUCUUAUCAGAUUGUAUUGCAACCUAUCUGUUCCUC